GGUAGUACUCAAGUUAGCAAUAACGAAGGAGAGACUGGGGUUCCGAUAUUUACUCUCCCAGGUAAGAUAAUUUCAAACUCGUAGGAGGAACAAAUAAUCCUACCUUUACCCCUCAAGGAGUCCUAAUGGAGCCAGGAAAAUAUCUUGAGCAUUCUGUUAAUUUUGAGUAUUCAAGUGGAUACUCAUUUGAACUUUGGGUGUAUUUCUACGAUAUUGAGAUCAACAGAAUUUAUCUGGGAAACAUUACGAACACUUCAGAAAGCACAAAGAAUAUCUAUAUUGGCAUUUCUUACAUUUAUGCUACUUCAAAAUAUAUGUUCUCAACUAUGCUCAGAUCUGACGGUAUAAUUUCAGAAAAACAAAUAAUGAAAGGAUGGAAUAAAUUUGGAUUUUACAAAAAUUCAUCUGGUUUCUCCUCCUACCAAUAUAAUUCAAUAGAUGGGGAUCUUUCUCCUGGAGAUGAAUAUUCUGAUCUUGGUCUAACAAGUUCUAAAAAUGCUCUUGGGUGCUACCAAAAAUGAGACAGUCCUCAAUUCAUAGUCAGUAGUCUGAGGUUCCGUGAUGAUACAAAUCUGGGAAUACUUGGCAACUCUUUCUCAUACAUGAAUCCAUUAGCAACAUGAGGAGAUGGAAUCGUUCAAAGAGAACAUCUUGAAGAGUGCGACGACUCACAUUCUACUUUACCUGGAUGUAAUGAAGCAUGACUUCUUGAGUCAGGAUAUAGCUGCGGCAAAGAUCCCUAUCAAUGAUUCCCUGCUCAAUGUGGAGAUGGGUAUUAUGCUACAGGAGAGCAAUGAGACGAUCAGAACACUUCCAGUGGAGAUGGCUGAAGCAACACAUGACAACUCGAAGCUGGGUUUACUUGAACUGGGAUUGAAAAUACCACUUGAACUCCUAUUUGUGGAGAUGGCAUUAAGAUUUCAGCUCUCGAAGAAUGAGAAGAUGGAAAUACAGAUAACAAUGAUGGCUGUAGCUCUGAUUGAAAGCCAGAAACUGAUUACGUCUGUGGAGGAUGGACUUCGAUUUCGAACCCAGACACUUGCAAUAUAGUGUGAGGUAAUGGGAUUCAAAAUCCUCUAUUUGUAUCACCUCUCAAAUGAGAUGAUGGUAACACUGACAAUGGAGACGGCUGAGAUGAAAACUGCAAUGUUGAGGGAGGAUAUACUUGUACAUCAAAUGGAGCAAGUGUGUGAACUCCUAUAUGAGGAACUGGAGUUGUCAUAAGCCCAAAGGAAUGAGAUGAUGGAAACGAUACUCCUGGUGAUGGUUGCGAUGAGCACUGCAAUGUAGAGGAGGGAUAUGUUUGUACAUCAAAUGGGACAAGUGUGUGAACUCCCAUAUGAGGAACUGGAGUUGUCAUAAGUCCAAAAGAAUGAGAUGAUGGAAACACAACUCCUGGUGAUGGUUGAGAUGAAAACUGAAAUGUAGAGGAAGGAUAUACCUGCACAUCAACUGGGACAAGCACCUGAUCUCCUCUAUGAGGUAUUGGAGUCAUUAUUGGUCCAAAAGAAUGAGAUGAUGGCAAUACCAAUAGCGAUGACGGAUGCAGCUCAGAAUGAAAAGUGGAGGAAGGAUAUUAUUGUAAAAACUUUGAAAAAGACCCAAGCUUUUGAAACAAGUGAAAAUUUAACCAAGAAUUUAAAGACAGCAGUAUAAUUUCAAGAUGUGGGGAUCAGUCAAAUCUAGAGUCAACAUCAAUGUCAGAAGGAGUUUCCACUAGUGCUCAAAUAGCGACUGGCAUAAGCAUGGGAGCUGUCAUAGGAGUAUCUAUUCUAAAUAUGUCUUCUCUCACAGGAAUCUGGUCCCUUGUGAACCAAUUUCAGCUAUUUCUCUUACUAAUCCUCACCAGAACUCCCCUACCAGGAGAGAUAAACUACAUAAUAGCUGACAAUGACUUUAUGUCCUUUGACAUGUCUUUCUUACCAGUGGCUAAGCUCCCUUAUAUAUCUGAGUUUGAAGGUUGGGUCAUGCAGGAGCAAGAUGACGUGUAUCUUCAUCGCAUUGGGAUUAAAUCCAAGACUAGUAUUUAUACCAACCUAAACUUAGUCAUAACUUUCUUGGCUAUAGUUUCCGUCUAUCCUUUUGUGAUGCUCCUGAAAUGAUGUGUUAAAGAAAUUGGCUAUAGAAAGAAGAUUUCUUGAAACAACUUUGGAAGAGGCAUCUUGGAACUGUUUAAUUUUUCUAUAUUUAUCAGAAUUAUAGUUGAAGGAUUUCAGCUUUUGCUAAUAACAAGUUCUUCAGAGUUAUCUAAGAGAAAUACCUCUACUUUAGCAUCUCAAAUAUCUCUUGGAUUUGCUUUAGUAGGUUUACUCAUUUGAAUGACCUGCAUUUUCUUUUCUUUCUAUAUCUUCUAUUCAACCAGAGAUAUCUUUGACCCAGAUGAAGCCUACAAAUUAUCAGAGUUCAUCACAGGAGUUUCAGACUCAAAAUAUUCCAGAAUAUACUCCUUUGCAGCACUUACAAGAAGGACUAUGAUGAUCUUGAUACUCAUCUUACUACAAAGCCUUGACUCCUUCUAUCUAUCAUGAAUACUUUCGGGUAUCCAAACUUUAUACUUCCUGCUCUUGAUGCUCAUCCGCCCAUUCACAAGGCCAGAAAACAACAUCAUCGAGAUUGUCAAUGAGUUAAUUUUCUUGACACUCAGUUUCUUCCUAUGACUAUUUAACUCAGAAAGUAAAUGGACUCCAACUGUGACUAAGGCUUUUAGCUUCAUAAUCCUAUCUAACUCAUUGAUCAUCACACUCAUCAUGAUCUCAACUCUGAUAGUUACUAUAAUUAAUAAUAUCAAAUGAUCUAGCAGAAACAAGCCAACACAAGUUUCUUCAAAAGUACUCCCUGCUGCAUUACAAAGAGUGUCAAAGAGAAGUUAUAUGGUUCAUAGAGAAUCUGAAGUGUCAAACAUCAGAAUUGAGGUGACAAGGUAA